CCCCCCCCGAGCACGAUGCCGCGCAGGAAUGUGAAAGGCUCCCGCCCGCCGCCAUUUUCUUUCUUUCUUGGCAGGCAGCGAGCGGGGCAGGAAGCGGCGGCGGCGCGAGCAUGGCGGACUACUCCACGGUGCCCCCUCCUGCCUCGGGCGCGCCCGGCGGAGGCGGCGGCGGCGGCGGCGGAGUGAACGAUGCCUUUAAAGACGCGCUGCAGCGGGCGAGACAGAUUGCAGCAAAAAUUGGAGGAGAUGCUGGCACGUCAAUGAAUUCAAACGACUACGGUUAUGGAGGACAGAAAAGACCUCUUGAGGACGGAGAUCAACCAGAUGCUAAGAAAGUUGCUCCUCAGAAUGACUCUUUCGGAAAUCAACUACCACCAAUGCAUCAACAACAGAGGUCUGUGAUGACAGAAGAGUACAAAGUUCCAGAUGGAAUGGUUGGAUUUAUAAUUGGCAGAGGUGGAGAACAGAUCUCGCGCAUACAGCAAGAGUCUGGAUGUAAAAUACAGAUCGCGCCUGAUAGUGGAGGCCUGCCUGAAAGAUCUUGUAUGCUAACUGGAACACCAGAGUCUGUUCAGUCAGCAAAAAGAUUACUUGAUCAGAUAGUUGAAAAGGGACGACCUGCACCUGGCUUUCAUCAUGGUGAUGGACCUGGGAAUGCAGUCCAAGAAAUUAUGAUUCCAGCAAGUAAAGCAGGAUUAGUUAUUGGGAAAGGUGGAGAGACAAUUAAGCAAUUACAGGAGCGAGCAGGUGUCAAAAUGGUCAUGAUUCAAGAUGGUCCACAGAAUACUGGUGCAGACAAGCCCCUUAGGAUAACUGGAGAUCCUUAUAAAGUGCAACAAGCCAAGGAAAUGGUGCUGGAGUUAAUUCGCGAUCAAGGUGGCUUUAGAGAGGUGCGCAACGAGUAUGGGUCAAGAAUAGGAGGAAAUGAAGGGAUAGACGUUCCAAUACCACGGUUUGCUGUAGGUAUUGUAAUUGGAAGAAAUGGAGAGAUGAUAAAAAAAAUACAGAAUGAUGCUGGUGUUAGGAUCCAAUUUAAGCCAGAUGAUGGAACAACUCCAGAUAGAAUAGCCCAGAUCACAGGGCCUCCAGAUAGAUGUCAACAUGCUGCAGAAAUUAUUACAGAUCUUCUUCGAAGUGUUCAGGCUGGUAACCCUGGUGGACCAGGGCCUGGUGGUCGAGGAAGGGGUAGAGGCCAAGGCAACUGGAACAUGGGACCUCCUGGUGGAUUACAGGAAUUCAAUUUUAUUGUUCCCACUGGCAAAACUGGAUUAAUCAUUGGCAAAGGUGGUGAAACUAUCAAAAGUAUAAGCCAGCAAUCUGGUGCUAGAAUAGAACUUCAGAGAAAUCCUCCACCUAACGCAGAUCCAAACAUGAAGAUGUUUACUAUCCGUGGAACACCUCAGCAAAUAGAUUACGCACGACAACUUAUAGAAGAAAAGAUUGGAGGUCCAGUUAAUCCCUUGGGUCCACCAGUUCCUCAUGGACCCCAUGGAGUUGUUCCUGGACCACAUGGGCCUCCUGGUCCCCCAGGCCCUGGUGCUCCUAUGGGACCAUAUAACCCUGCUCCUUACAAUCCAGGGCCCCCUGGUCCUGCACCUCAUGGUCCUCCAGCCCCAUAUGCUCCACAAGGAUGGGGAAAUGCUUAUCCACACUGGCAACCACCAAAUCCACCAGAUCCAGGUAAGCCGGGUACAGAUCCCAAUUCAGCUGCGUGGGCAGCUUAUUAUGCUCACUAUUAUCAGCAACAAGCACAGCCACCGCCCGCGGCCCCUCCUGGUGGACCAGCCACAACCCAAACUAAUGGACAAGGAGAUCAGCCGAAUCCAGCACCAGCGGGGCAGGUUGACUAUACCAAGGCAUGGGAAGAGUACUACAAGAAAAUGGGUCAAGCGGUUCCCGCGCCCACCGGGGCGCCGCCGGGGGGCCAGCCCGACUACAGCGCCGCGUGGGCCGAGUACUACCGGCAGCAGGCAGCCUACUACGCGCAGACGAGCCCGCAGGGAAUGCCGCAGCACCCCCCCGCGCCACAGGGCCAAUAAUAAGAAGUGGACAAUACAGUAUUUGCUUCAUUGUGUGGGGGAAAAAACCUUUGUUAAAUGUAUGGAUGCAGAACGCCUUGAUGAAGAUCUUAAUUUUGUUUGGUUAAAAAAAAUAGUGUUUUUGAAAAUGUACAAAAUAUCUAUCACUACUGAUAGGAGGUAAUAUUUCUGUGUAGAAAUGAAAAAUGGUUUGUUUUUAGUAUUAGUGUAGAUGUACACAUUCCAGCAAAUGUAUUUGCAAUUAUUAUGUGGUCAAUGCUUUGUGAUAUAAAUGUACUUUUUCAAUGUAUACUUUAUCACUUUUAAAAUGCCUGUUUUGUGCUUUACAAUAAAUAAUAUGAAACCUCCUGUGUCGGUAAGUUGGAUAUGUGGGUACGUAAAGACGUAUAGGAUUGAUUUGCAAUGCUGAAUGAAGAUACCUGUACACAAAUGAGGUUCUUUGGUUUUGUUUUUCCCUCCCCCUCCAUGAAAUCUUGUUGGGUUUAAAAACAUGUUGUUAGUCUGUUUUUCCCCUCUUGCAGAAUAGCUGUAGCUGGAGGUUCUCUUUCAUUCAUUGUAUUUUUGCUGCCUAGCACCAGUAAUCUUGAUACCUUAAUUUUCUUUCUAUUUGAUUAAAAGCUGCAUGUGUUUAAGAAGGUGAUCUUUUGGCAUACUUCCAUUGCAUUAACAGUGAAAUUUCCUUUUAUACAUAACCACUAUUUGAGACUUGUACAGCUGCUAUAACAGUUUAUUUUUGCUCUUAAUUGAAUAUUUGACUUCAAAACUGUUCCUGCAUAACUAUUUUGAAGGAUUUUUUCAGACUAGUUAUAAAUCUUAUUUUAAGUGUUUGUGCUUAAGCCUUCAGUUUAAAGUAGUUGACUUCACAGGUCAGUGCAGAAGGGUCAAUGUGGUAUGCAUAGCAGUUAAAAAAAAAAAUUGCAUCUGUUCUUGAAACGCUGUUUUGUUUGAGUGUUGGGGAGCGGUUGAGAACUUCUUGCAGAGCAGAUAACUUUGGUUUCGUAAAUACUCAAGACCAGUCUUUGAAUCAAAUGACUUUUUUAAAUAUACCUGAACCUUCUUAUUACGCUAAUGCUCAUGCUCAAAAAUCUGAUUCUCUUGAAAUCCUAUGUUUGCUCUUUGCAUAUUUAUUGGCUCUUUGCAUAUAUUAGACUACAUGCAAUACAGUCUGUCUUGCCAUUGUCUGUUGAAGUGCAGGUUUGAUCCAGCCAGUAUAGAACUAGCUCUAUAGGGGUGAGGAGGACUGUGCUGUGUAUCAUCCUUGAUUGUUCCUUCAAGGAGCAUUGCACUGUAAGUACAUCAGAAUGACAAAUUGAUGAACUGCAACAGUAUCUUUUUGUCAAUGUUCCACAUAAUGAAAAUGCCAUACUUGUGUGAAUAUUAUGUUGGAAUACAGUGCUGAUUAUCUUAGGAAAUCGUAAUUGCUUCUUAAUUCAGAAACAUAGGUGURCCAUUUAUACAUAUAUAUAUAUUUACACACACAAUGCGAGCUUUGUGGGUAAGUAUUCUUGAAACGUUUAGCAAUAGCUAAAGAAAAUCAUGUUUCUGUUUGUCUGAGUAAUAGUCUCUUGUUCAUUAGUGCACCUGAGACAGAGCUAUAAUAUUCAGUUUGUUUAAGUAUGUUAUGGUUACAUUGAAGUCUCUUGGAACCACUUGUCAGACAGGAGCUGUUUGUCUUCAGUUAGUUUGCAGAUACGUAGUGCUGUAGGCCUGUUUUUGCAAAAUAACUUUGUAACUGUUACUUGCUUUAUCUUUUGGAAUAUCAUUUUGUUGCUUUGAGAAUGAACUUUUUUUUUAGUGUGGCUACACAGAGAACAAAAAGUUAAGGUUGAAAUUGAAAGUAGUUUUAUGCAGGUAUUUAGCAAUGUAUGCAUUGUGCUGUAGAUGUAGAAAGAAAGAAUUAUUUUUAUCCCUUGAAAAUUAGGAAUUGUUCUGGUAGUUUUAAACAAGGCUAGGAUGGUAUUUGCUAUCUUUAGUAUAGGGUAUGAAGUUUAAUAGUUCAGAUAUUUUUGCAUGGUAUUCUGUAGAUAAUCUUGUAGAAUGGUGCAUAUAUUAUGUACUAAACUGAGCAGAAUUUAAAUUCAUUGGAUUCUUUAUCAUUCACAAAAUGGAGGCUGUUGAUUUUGAUUCAUUUAAAGUAUAAAAUCUUAUUAAUUGCAAACAGUGCAAUUAUUUAUACUUCACAGUGCCUUCCCAGACCUUCCACCUUAGGUUCUGCUGCAAAAAAGCAACAGGUAAGCACAACCUAAGGAAGUAUAUAAAUUAAUAUAUUUCAGUACAUUAAUGUUGUCCCUGUGAGAUCUUUGUGGUUGUGUAUUGAAAAGCAAUCAGCUGCUUUCCCCAAAUGCAUUGUUACUCACGGUUCCAUUUCAGUUGGAAGUCGUUAAGUUUUCAAGCAAGUGUUUAUAUUUCUAGGUAAAUAUGUAUCUUUUUUUAGGAAAGUUGAUUAGAUUGCAGUAAUUAAACUUAAUCAAAAUAAGUAAUUUUUGUUACUUUUUGACAAAUAGCUACUUGUUGCAAUUAAAGAAUCAAAAAGUUAAAAAUAUGUAGGAAUUACUUUGGUUAGAAACGUCAACAGCCUUCAGAAAUGUUUUUCUAUAUUGUAGGGUGCUAUUCCCUCUAAACGAGUAAGGCAUAGUUAUAAAGAACAUAACUUGUUAUCACUGAACUUGAUGACUUGUCUUACAGUUAUAGUGUGUUAGUGGAAUCUUUAGAUAAUUUUGUUUGCUUAUUCAUACUUGACACUGUAGGAAAAUAGAUUCUAGAACUUUGCAGAUGAGUAUGACUUAUUUGAAAAAGCAUGUGCACCAAUUAAAUGUUAACAGUACAGCAGAUAAUAUUUUAAUAUCUAUAUAGCAGUUAGCGUUUCCUGUUUCUUGAUAUUUUUAACUGAAUUGCUGUAUAUUUUGCCAGUUUAAAAGUGUUUGUAUGUCUUAUAGAUGGUCUGGUACAGUUCUUUUUAGUUUAAAGUAAAGCAGCAUCUAUUCAGUCUUUCUGUUGCUUAUUCUGUUUCUAAAAUAUGCUGCUCCUCUUUCAAAAAAGUCCUGCUUUUUAUGUCCAUGAAAGAAAAAUAUUCAAAAAUCCUGCCUUCAUUUUCACACACAGUGCUGAAGAUGCUGCAAGCACCAAAUCAUAGCUCAUAGAAUCAGGUCCUGAGAUAGUUACUGCCAGUAAGAGGAAUCCCUUGAGUGUUUGCCAUUGGUGAGCCGAUGAGCAUGGACCAUAGAAGGGCUCCAUGUGGAAGGUAAAAUUGGCAAAAACGUGACAGAUUUGAAAUGUAUCCCAUACGUACUGGUGUAGGGUAUAAUUUUUGUUUUGAUCACUUUUCAUUCUUUAAAGUACUAUUUGUUUGACCAUAAAUGUUCCAUAAUCUGUUAAGUUUCUUUAACUGUGAUUUAAUAAUAUAAACCAUCUAUUCUAAGUUAUAUGCUUCUAAACAGUCAAGCUAGCUAUAUUGACUUUUUGAAGUACUUCAGUUUCUCAAGCCACUUCAUACUUGAUGAUUUGUAGCUUAAUAUGUCAUUCAGAUUCAUUUUUUGACAAGUUAGGCGUGUACCAUUUGGAUUUUGAUACCGUGAAUUAGUGUUGGGGUGAGUCAUGUGUUCACUUUUUCUUUUUUUUUCCAUGCUGCUUUUUCUACAACUGUUGUUCCUAAAAUAUCUUAACAGCCUUUUAAUUGUAAGUUUAGCCGGUGGGAGGAAGUAGAGAAGAAAAAGGCAGUUUACUAGAAUCCCGUGAGUGUGUAGAAGGGGAGAUGAACUGGCCCUAGAGCGUCGCGUUCGAGGUAGCCUCACUCCCAGCUUGCUCCCUGCGGGGCUCCAGGCAGGCCCGGUUGUGCCGAGCAGAGUCCUUAUUUUUUCCAUUCUGUGCCUAAACUCUCAGUUCUUGGGAGGACAGAGAAUGUGACUGGGGUUCUUCUGAUUCAGUAAGAUAAACUGGACUUUCUUGGAAGUGUAAUGAUCUUGCCCAAAGGGGUCUUUUAACUUUUCCUGCCUUUUCU